AUGAGUCUAGUGAGGAAGAACUCAGAUCCUGUUAGGAUGAUGGCAACAAGGAUGUCAGCAAAAACAUUGAUGACAUUCCUCAAACAAAAGAGAAUCAUUCAGAAGAAAAUGGAAGUUGAUAUUACCACUAAUGAUGUCCUAACAGAUGUCAAUUACAAUUCAGGUGAUAGGUUGGAGACUGAAGCUCCAACCCAUAAUGAUGUUGAGCAAGAUGUCUUAGACAUCGAUGUAAGUCCUAAAGAAGUUGGUGAUCGGGAGGAUGGGAUGCAUGAUGUCAAUGAAAAAUCAUUGUAA